CUGACUCCUCCUCCUCGUCGUCGGAAGCUCUCAACCUUCUUUGAAUUCAGAAUUGAAUUGAAAGAUAAAUCUGUUCUUAAAUAUGGUGGAAUCCCAGAAGGAAGAUUCUUCAUCUGUCAACUCAAAACAGAAAAAGUCAUUGCUAGAUUUGGACUUUGGGAAGGAUGACUUUCUGACUUCCUGGAAGUCAACGUCUAUAACUGAAGAUGAUUCUAUGAAUUUGGAUUUUGGGCCUGUUUCAAAAGGCAAGAAGAAUGCAUUCAACUUUGCCAAAAUGGAUGUGGAUUUCAAUCUUGAUGUCGAUUUUGGAAAACUCCCAUCCUUCAACUUAGACAUUCCAGACAUUGAUAUUUCUUCACCGGUUAAAAAGGAUGGCAAAUCCAAGGGAAGAUCCAAUGAGGAGUCUGCAAGUGGAAAUACUCAAGGAAAAGCAGAUCGCUCUGAAUUUACAUUUGAUUUUGGCGAAUUGGAUGGUUUCAAUUUCAAGCCAAGCUCAAAGAAAGACGAUCCAAAAGUCAAUAAAGGUGAAAAUGAGGAAGAUUCUUUGAACAGAAGAGAUUCUCAGAAAUCUGGGGACUGCCUGGCUGAAGAUCUCGAUGCACAUGCAGACAGAAAAUUCAGCAAUCUGCCAGCAUCAGGGGAUUUGAUUACUUCGAACCUUGACUCUGAUGUUGGUAGUGGUGCCAGUCCUGAUACAUUGAAUGAGAAUUUCCUUUCUGAGUCUGGAACCCAUGAUGAUGGUUUUCCAAACUCCAAGGCUGCAAUAGAUGAAGUUGCAUCUCCUGAAGAAAUGGCCACACUUAAGAAGACAACAUCCACCAGUGAGAAAGAAUCAAACUGCCAACUAGACAAGUCAGCUUCUCCAAUUACUGAUCAAACCAUACAGCAUGAAGCAGUUGAUACAGUACUCAGAAGUGAGUCAGGUCAAGAUACUCUCUUGAAAACACAAGAGGAAGUUAGUCCCAGGGAUGCAAGCGUAAGUAAUCAGCAUAUUGCUAGCUUUGAGAAAGACAAUGGGGAGAGCGAAGUUUGUACUAAUAAUCAUGCUCAUAUUGCCAAUAAAGAGGGAGCUGAGCCUGCUCUGGGUGGAACUUAUGUCGAACCAAUUUUAUCAACUGAUGCCUCAAAAGACUCUAUCACUCAUAGUCAAAUGAAUGUGAAGAACAAGGACAGCUUGGAGCAUUCUACAAGUUCAUUAGAGAGUAGAGCUACAAAUAAUAAUAUGAUGCCAGAGAAAGAAAGGGAGGUGGUUAUUAGGUCAAAAUAUUUUAAGCAACGAGACAAUGCUGAUUCUCGGUUUGAGAAUGCUUCACAUCAGACAAAGCUUUCGUCAGUGCAUGGGAGAUUAAUUGGCACCGGAGAACCAUGUCCUCCGGAUGAAAGGAAUUGCAACUCCAUAGAGUCUAAAAUUGAUAACAUGGUAGCUGGUGUUUCCCCAUCAAGUUCUGAAGUACUGACCAGGAAGGAACAUUCUCAUAUAGGAAGUCAGGAGAACUCUAAAUGUCUUAACACAAAUAGGUGGAAUUCAAGACUACUCGACCAGGAAGUGAAUAAACGAAUACCUUCAUCCAGAGGAGGUGAAAAGAAUGUUAAAACUCUAGAUUCAUUCAGCUUACGUGUUAAACCUUCGAGUGGAAUGACAAAGAAACCAGAAUCACAAAAUUCUGCAAACCCAGCAAGUUUGGCCGUGAAUUUGGAAACUAGUCAGAUUAGGAAAGACGCAGCUGCGGAAGGAGAUAAAGUCUCUUCUUCUAAAGCUAUUAAGCAGAUGCCUGCUCUUUCUACCCUGACAAUUAAAUCCACAUCUCAGAGUCCUGCAAAAGCAGCAAGUUUGCCCAUGAAUGUGGAAGCUAGUCAUUCUACGAAAGGCAUAGCCACUGAAGGAGACAAAGUCUCCUCUUCUAAUGCUAUAAAGCAGAUGGCUACUAGUUCUGGCCUCACAAUUUUAAGAACUUCUGGAGCAAACCUUGGUUCAUCGAAGUCUGCAGCCCAGAAAGGAAUUGCAGUUUCAGGAGAUAUGCGGCAAAAUAGAUUUUUAGCUGGAAGCACACCAUCCCAGACUCCCAAAGUUGUUGAAAUGAAGAACCAAGCACCAGCCAUCCCUUCUCUUAAGCGAAAAAUAGCUGAGGCUUCUAGUGCAGAUGUGAUCUUAAAUCCAUCAAAGCGUCUCUCAGCAUCACCUAGCAAUGAAGAUUCGGCAGAAAUAGGAAAGCUUGUUGAUGGAGAGGUACGUGGAAAUGGGAAUGUUUCGGAUGGGAAGAGCAUGACUGUGUACAAAAAUCCACAAACUUCCAGAGUAGAUGUGCCUGGGGACAUGAGUGGACUAGAUGCUACCUUCUCUGUAGAAAGUGAAAUCAACAUUGAAAAGGCGGAUGCUUGUGCUAAAGGGCUUGAAGAUAUCUGCAACAUGCUAAGAAAGAAACAUGAGGAGGCAAAGGAAAUUUUAGUCCGAGCAAUUGUGACCAACAACAACCUUCUUAUGCUAAACCAUCCUAUCUAUGAACAGAAGAUCAGAAUGGUUCAGAAAUUUGCAAUGCAGCUGAAAACAAGGGAUGUUCACGCUCCAACAUAAUCAGCUAAAGCAGCAAUUGUCAUCUCUAGGUAUUAUCUUCUCUCUUAUCUUUCUGCCUCACAGACACAUGGAUGCCCAUCGAAUGAGCUGGUCAUACUCAACCAGGAGUUAAGAGGCACAUGUAUCUGCAUAUUUUACUAUCUCGAGAGAUUGGAUUCUGCAGUAGUUUGUUUUUUAGCUGCCCUGUUAAUUUUGUUGGUUUCCCAGGGUCAGCAAUAACUGCUGUCCAAUGUCAUGUCCAUAAUUUGCAAACAAGUCUGUCAUUGUGCUCCCCAAAUUCUGGGAAAUUGAAUGAAUUCAAUAUGUUGAAGGCCAAAAAUGUGAAGCAUGGAGUUUUGCCGCUGA